AUGUCUCGUCGUCGAAUAUCGCACAGCGAGAUGAACGAGGCACUCGCGUAUCCUUUCAUGCAAUCCAACGGUCAAUUAAACGGUCAAUUAAACGGCCAACCCCCUCGCCGAGGUCCCAUCGAAGGUCCCGAUGGUCGUCGCCUCAUCCGUCGCGUCACAUGGCGCUCCUCAACCUACAAGCUCAUGGCCACCCUCUGGGUCCUGGCCGUCCUCUAUAUCGUCUGGCUAGUCCGUGACCUCUUCCUACCAUCCACACCAUCCGAAUCCGAAAUCCCUCCUACUCAACCCGAUCAGAAAUAA